GAAAAAGGCAUUGGGGGAGAGACAGAGAGAUUUACCCAGCUUUCCUUUUAGAGGGUGUGGAACACUGAGGGGAUGGCUGCAGGAGAGAGAUAGACAGAUUUCCUGUGGCAGGGGGAGAGAAAACACAAAGAAACCAGACAGAGUAGGGUAUAUAAGAUUAAGAAGAAUAAGAGAGAGAGCGAGAGAAUGGACACCUUGGCAUUAGAGGCCGCUCAGCCCAAGCGGGGUUCCAAUGCCCCCAUGGUCACAGGCCUCCCGGGGCCCGCACCGGCCAAACGCAAACCCACCAAAAAAACUAAAAAAGCUGUUGUCUUUUUUGAGGUGGAGAUUUUGGACGCCAAAACCAAGGACAAACUCUGCUUCUUGGACAAGGUGGAGCCAAAUGCAACCAUCGGAGAGAUCAAGUCUAUGUUCCACAAGAGCCACCCACAGUUUUAUCCUGCCAGACAGUCCAUCCGUCUCGACCCCAAGGGAAAAUCUCUGAAGGAUGAAGACGUGCUACAGCACUUACCUGUGGGAACUACAGCAACCUUCUAUUUCAGAGACCUGGGAGCCCAGAUCAGCUGGGUCACGGUGUUUUUGACAGAAUACGCUGGCCCGCUGAUCAUUUACCUGAUGUUCUAUUUCCGUGUGCCGUUCAUUUACCAGCCCAAAUAUGACUUCUCUACUAGCAAGCACUGGGUCGUACACUUGGCGUGUAUGUGCCACUCCUUCCACUACGUCAAGAGACUCCUCGAGACGCUCUUCGUCCACCGCUUUUCUCACGGGACGAUGCCUCUACGCAAUAUCUUUAAGAACUGUACGUAUUACUGGGGAUUCGCGGCAUGGAUGGCUUACUACAUCAACCACCCGCUAUACACACCACCGACGUACGGAGAGCAGCAGGUGAAGGCGGCCCUCGUUAUUUUCCUGUUCUGCCAGAUUGGAAAUUUCUCCAUCCACAUCGCGCUGAGGAAUCUCCGACCACCAGGAUCUAAGACCAGGAAGAUCCCGUUUCCCACUAAGAACCCAUUCACCUGGAUCUUUCUGCUCGUAUCCUGCCCCAACUACACCUACGAGUUGGGCUCAUGGUUUGGCUUCACCCUGAUGACUCAGUGUCUGCCGGUUGCCUUCUUCACCCUGGUUGGCUUUAUCCAGAUGACCGUGUGGGCGAAAGGGAAACACCGCAGCUACCUGAAGGAGUUCCGCGACUACCCGCCCCUGCGUUCCCCCAUUCUACCCUUCAUCCUGUAGAAACCCCCCACACCUACAACCGUAUGCUCUUCCUGGUUCCUCCAAGCUCUCUUCCCACUGCUGAGCAUUUUAUCUGUUCUGGCCUGAUUGUAAACGGUUAAUCCUCUCCGGUGUGUGUGUGUGUGUGUGUGUGUGUGUGUGUGAAGGACCAGGAUCAGAGCGGAUGGUGAGAUUUUGACUGUGACCAUUCUCCAUCUUAAUCUAGUAGAUCUACGGCUCCUAAUCCACUACUUACUGUGUUUAACUCCCCCAGAUCAAUAAUAAUCAGUAUUUACAGACACACACACACACAUAACACUCGAAUAAACCUACAAAUAAAACAGGGGUGUAAUAAUUUACGACACAAAUUUCAACCCUGUUCUCCUUGAUGAUUGUGUUGAUUAUUGUUGUUGUUUACCGUUACUAAUGUUUACAUUCGAAAUAAAAGGUAUGUAAUUCCA